GGAUACCGAGAGCAGACGAACAGGGAACUAACAAACCGAGGCCUUUUAAACCGUUCUUACUUUCUGGAUAUAUUCGCGCUGGAUAGUUCUUGCUUCUCGACUUUUGACAGGAUGAUGUUUACCAGCCUUAACGCUGACUGCGACGCGUCUUCCCGGUGCAGCACGGCGUCGCCGAGCGGCGAGAGCGUCGCUUAUUACCAGACUCAGGAUUUCACAGACCUGAGUGUCUCAAGUGCCUCUUUCGUGCCAACUGUCACUGCGAUCUCUUCUUGCCCGGACCUGCAGUGGAUGGUUCAGCCCAUGAUUUCAUCUGUGGCGCCCUCCAACGGCGGAGCACGACCUUACAACCCGAACCCUUACCCCAAAAUGAGGGUCACUGGAUCAAAGUCCAACAAGAGAGCCCGAGAACAGCUUUCUCCAGAGGAGGAAGAUAAGAAAAGAGUCCGCCGGGAACGAAAUAAGAUGGCUGCCGCGAAAUGCCGCAACCGCAGACGAGAGCUCACUGACACACUGCAAUCUGAAACUGACAUACUUGAGGAUGAGAAAUCUGCUCUUCAAAACGACAUCGCCAACCUGCUCAAAGAAAAGGAGAGGUUAGAGUUCAUCCUCGCUGCACACAAACCCAUCUGCAAGAUCCCCGGAGACGCGGACAUCAGCUUCCCGGAGCCGUCCGUCUCACCCAUCGCCUCCCAUUCAGUCCCUGAGAUCCACAGCGUCACUACCUCAGUAGUUUCCACCGCAAGCGCACCGGUUACAACCUCUUCCAGCAGCUCGCUGUUUUCCAGCACCGACAGCUUCAGCUCCACGGUGAGGAUCUCAGACCUGGAGCCCACCUUGGAAGAGUCUCUGGAGCUCUUGGCCAAAGUUGAGCUGGAAACGGCUCGCUCGGUCCCAGACGGCGACCUGUCCAGCUCCAUGUACACUCAAGACUGGGAGCCGCUCUACACGUCCGCUAACAGCGACCUGGAGCCCCUUUGCACACCCGUCGUCACCUGUACUCCGGCUUGCACCACCUACACGUCUUCCUUUAUGUUCACCUACCCAGAGAACGACAUCUUCCCCAGCUGUGGGCCGGUGCACCGGAGGGGCAGCAGCAGCAACGACCAGGCCUCCAACUCCUUGAACUCCCCGACUCUCCUCACUCUUUGAGAACUCACUAUAGACACUUAGAAUUUAUAUUUCUGUCACACAACUUGAUAUAAAAAGACAUUGCAGGGCUAUGGAACUGACUCUAUCAAGCAAUCAUGAUUGCUUCCUAUAUUUAUCUGAACCAUAUAUGCCUGCCAAAUGUAGCAAGAUAAGCAUGGAUCAACGGAUUUUUUUUUUGUUGCGUUAAUGAUCUGGUUAUUGUUAAUAUAGUUUUUUUGGUUUACUGGUGCUAGAUUUCAAUUGUUGUAUUAGUGUGUUCUGAGCAAUAGAGAACUAAUGUUUUGACUUUACGGUUGAUUUCUGAAUGUGUGAAUUUAUUUACUCAAAUGUGUGCUGUCUAACCAUUGCAUUAAAUGGUCUAACGUCCAAGUAUGAAGUUUUCUGUGAAAACGUAGUCUCUUUAAUUUAUGGGAUUUUUAUUUUUGUACUGAAAUGUGAACUUGCGAAUUGUUUGCAAAACUAGAAACAAAUAAAUAUUAAAUGUAUACCAAACAGA